CCUGCAAAAGAGCUCUGCUAAAUGAUUGUGGCUUAACUGACAAAAGCUGUCCAGCUCUGGCUUCAGUUCUUGGAUCAGAUACCAAUCUGAAAGAGCUGAACAUGAACAAUAAUAAUCUGCAGGAUUAUGGAGUGAAGCUACUCUGCACUGGCCUGGAGAAUAUAAACUGCAAAUUAGAGAUACUGAGUCUGAAGAACAACUGUAUCACAAAAGGAGGUUGUCAUGUUCUGGCAGCAACUCUACAUUCAAACCCUUCAAAUCUGACAGAGCUGGAUCUGAGUGAGAAUAAACUAGGAGACUCUGGAGUGACAGAAAUCUGCAGUCUGUUGAGAAAUUCACAGACACUACAGAUACUCAGGUCUGAAUUCGGUUAA